UGUACCGCCAAGAUGGUGGACUGCGCGGCUGUUGUUUCCUGGAGAUGUUUACGAUCUAACAGCUAUAAAGAUUCACGACAAAUAUAGCUGGACAUAUCUCAAAGGUGAAUAUUUUAUAAUUGUUUUAGUUUGGAGCGAUGGAAUGUUACCUGAAGUGAAGAUUGAAGACGUGAUAGAAGAUGGACGACUACUGCUAUGCUAAAAUGGCGACGAUAAAGACGAACGAUGAAGACGUCCAGCAGCUGAUUGGUCAUUCAGAAGAACUUUCCACUCAGUCGGAGGAGGGUCCAUAUCCCCCCCACAUGAAAAAGGAAGAGGAGGAUCUCUGCAUCACUCCAGAGGGAGAGUGUCUUCUCGGCCAGGAUGAAGCUGAUCUCACCAAGUUGCCACUGACUGGUGGCUCUGUGAAGACCGAAGAUGAUGAAGAGAAACCACAACCAGACAAACUCCUGGCUCCACUAUCAGCUCCACUUGUCGAGUACCAGCCCAAGUCCUGUGUACAUGGAUCCAUCCUUUUGGCAAGGCACUAAAUGAAUGUCCAUGAAACACUACACACACAUGCAGUACAUACAAGAAGACGUCCAGCAGCUGAUUGGUCAUCCAGGAAAACUUCCUCCUCAGUCACAGGGGCGGAGCUCUACUUUGAAGCGAGAGAAUCCACGGCCACCCCACAUUAAAGAGGAAAAGAAGGAACUUUGGAUAACUCAGGAGGAAGCUGAUCUCACCAAGUUGCCACUGACUGUUGUCUCCGUGAAGACUGAAGAUGAUGAAGGGAAACCACAACCAGACCACCUCUCAGCUCCACUGUCAGAUAGCGGAGCUGAAGACGGGGAUGAAGAACUUUUAAGCAGCGAUACAGACUGUGAAGGUGAUAUGAGGACUCAAACUGACAACAAACACUCUAAUUGCUCUAAAAAGAAGACGGGUAAAACAUGUUUGAGCUGCUCAGUUUGUGCUAAACGCUUUUCUAAAAAGAGCAAUUUGACUGUACACAUGAGGACACACACGGGUGAAAAACCAUUUAGUUGUUCAGUUUGUGGCAAAAACUUUUCUAAAAAGUGCCAUUUGAGUGAACACAUGAGAACACACACGGGAGAAAAACCAUUCAAUUGUUCAGUUUGCGUUAAAAGCUUUACUAAAAAGUGCCAUUUGACUGAACACAUGAAAACGCACACUGGAGAAAAACCGUUUAACUGCUCCGUCUGCGGUAAAAGCUUUUCCACAAAGACCCAUUUGAGUGAGCACAUGAGAACACACACAGGAGAAAAACCAUUUAACUGUUCAGUUUGCGGUAAAAGCUAUACUAAGAAGUGCCAUUUGACUGAACACAAGAGAACACACACUGGAGAAAAUUCAUUUGAUUGUUCAGUUUGUGGUAAAAGCAUUACUCUCAAGAGCAAUUUGACUCAACACAUGAGAAUACACACCGGAGAAAAACCCUUUAAUUGUCUAGUUUGUGGUAAAAGCUUUUAUCUAAAGGGCAGUUUAACCCGACAUAUGAGAAAGCACACUAGAGAAAAACUAUUUAAUUGUUCAACAUCUAGUAAGAGCUUUGUUACCAAGACCCAUUUGACGGAACACAAGAGAACGCACACAGGAGGAAAAACAUUCAAUUGUCUCGUUUGUGGUAAAAGUUUUUCUCGAAAGAACAGAUUGACCGAACACAGCAGAAGACACACAGGAGAAAAAAUUGGUUGCUCAGUUUGUGGUAAAACCUUUUUAUCCAGACAUGGCUGGACUCAACACAGAAUGACGCAUUCUGGAGAAAAAACAUUUAGUUGUUCAGUUUGUGGCAAAAGAUUCUAUUUUAAUUCCGACGUGGUGAGACACGAAAGAAUACACACGGGGGAAAAACCAUUUAACUGUACGGUUUGUGGUAAAAGUUUUUCUCAAAAGAACAAAUUGACUGGGCACAGCAAAGUACACGCGGGAGAGAAAAAUAAAAAAUACAAUCCUUAAUAGAGCAGACGUGGUCACACCGAAAAGAACACGCGAGGUUUAAAAAACAAUCGGCAGAGUUUUGUGGUAAAAUGAGAACUUUGUUUUAUCACAUGAGAAUACACACAGAGGGGGGAAAUAACUUUUAGUUGCUCAGUUUUUAGUGACAAAGUUUACCUCAUCGCAUAAUGAAGCACACUUGUUUAAAAAGAAAAACCCUUCAUUUGAUCUGUUUGCGGUUAAAGAUUCUCUCCGAAAUUGCUAGCUUCAGAAUCAGAAGAGUUUUUAUUGCCAUUGUUUGAGAUCGGGUUCACAAACUAGGAAUUUUACUUGGUGCAAUGGUGCAACAUAAAACACACAUAACACAGAAUAGGUAAUAAAAAGAGCUGUAACUGAGCUAUCAGAUCUUGUUA